AUGCUGAGCGGAGCCCGCCGGCUUCAUGCAUCUCCUGUGCUGGCGACGAUGAUCCGGGUGCUCGGUGGCCACUGUAGAUCCUGCCGUGGAUGGAUGUCUUCCACGAGGAUGUACAGCUCGAGCGAGAUCUCGUCGGGGGACGCCGCGAAAAGAUUAUGCAACAUAAUGGUGUCCUGCCCUAAGGCCGGCCUAGAGAUCGCCCUCGAAGAAAGCGGCAUCUGGAUGACGCCGGAUCUGGCAGAGGAAGUGCUGGAGAGGUUCGAGAAUGCCGGAAUGCUCGCCUACCGGUUCUUCGAGUGGGCGGGCAAGCAGCGGAACUACUCCCACAGCGUCAAAGCCUACCACACCAUGAUCGGAUCCCUAGCCAAGAUAAGACAGUAUCAGAUCAUGUGGGAGCUCGUCAACGCCAUGCGCAGCGAGGGGAUCCUCAACAUCGAGACCUUCUGCGUGAUCAUGAGGAAGUACGCGAGGGCGAAGAAGGUGGACGAGGCGAUCUACACCUUCAACGUCAUGGAGAAGCACGGGGUGCCCCUGAAUCUCGCCGCAUUGAACGGCCUUCUCAGCGCUCUGUGCAAGUCCAAGAAUGUCCGCAGGGCCCAAGAGCUGUUCGACGAAAUGUCCCACCGGUUCUCCCCCGAUUCGAAGACCUACAGCAUCCUGAUCGAGGGAUGGGGGAGGGAGCCGAACCUGCCCAAAGCCCGAGAGCUCUACCGCCGGAUGAUCGCCGGCGAGUGCGAGCCAGACGUGGUCACGUACGGCAUCAUGGUCGACGUGCUCUGCAAGGCGGGUAGGGUAGAAGAAGCAGUGGGGAUCGUGAAGGAGAUGGCCUCCAGGGGCAGCCUUCCCACGUCCUUCAUCUACAGCGUCUUGAUCCACACCUACGGAGCCGAGAAACGGAUCGAGGACGCGGUGAACACCUUCUUGGAGAUGGAGAAGGCCGGAAUCAGAGCCGACGUGGUGGUCUACAAUGCCCUGGUCGGCGCGUUCUGCAGGGCGAGCAGGCUGGAGAACGCCUUCCGGAUGCUGCGGGAGAUGGAGAAGAAGGGCGUCCCCCCGAAUUCAAGAACCUGUAACAUCGUCCUCAACGGCUUGAUCGCGGUGGGGAAGAUCGAGGAGGCGUAUGGGUUCUUCCGCAGGAUGAUCAAGCACUGCGAGCCGGAUUCAGACACCUACACGAUGAUGAUCAAGAUGUUCUGCGCGGACGGGAGAGUGGACAGGGCCCUGAGGGUGUGGAGAUUCAUGCGGCUGAAGCAGUUCAUUCCCACAAUGCACACCUUCUCUGUGCUCAUCAAUGGGCUAUGUGCGAAGGGGGAGCUCGGCCGAGCCUGCGUCCUGCUCGAGGAGAUGAUCGAGAAGGGUAUCCGCCCCCCCGGGUACACGUUUGGGAAGGUGAGACAGCUGCUCUUGAAGGAAGGCAGAGAAGAUGUUUUGCGAUUCCUCACGGAGAAGAUGAACCUGUUGAUUAAGGAGCCCCUGUGCGAUUAA